CCCACCGGCACCGGCACCACCACUCCUGAACUAGAGGAAGUCGGCUUAUGUGAGCGCCUCACUACAGGAGCUGUACAUUUUAUAGAAGACGAUGUCUGGAAGUUUCUACUUUGUAAUUGUUGGUCACCAUGAUAAUCCAGUUUUUGAAAUGGAGUUUUUGCCAGCUGGGAAAGCAGAACCCAAAGAUGAACACCGACACCUGAACCAGUUCAUAGCUCACGCCGCCCUGGACCUGGUUGAUGAAAACGUGUGGCUGUCCAACAACAUGUACUUGAAAACCGUGGACAAAUUCAAUGAGUGGUUUGUGUCAGCUUUCGUCACUGCUGGGCACAUGAGAUUCAUCAUGCUUCACGACAUGAGGCAAGAAGAUGGCAUCAAGAACUUCUUCACCGAUGUCUAUGAUCUGUAUAUCAAGUUUGCCAUGAAUCCCUUCUAUGAGCCCAAUUCUCCUAUUCGGUCAAGUGCAUUUGAAAGAAAAGUUCAGUUUCUUGGAAAGAAACAUCUUUUAAGCUAAACGCAGAAAACUUCAGAAUCACAGUGGGGUCUGCUCAGGAGUGUAUGCAUAGGAAGUAACUUGAGAAAACAGCCUGGCAAAACUUUACAUGUCUCAACUUAUCUGUAUAUCAUAAAAUUUCCUUUAUAUGUAACAAAUCUCCUUUUUUCAUGUUAGUUAUCAAUGUUAGCAUUUGCUUGUAAAUAGUUAUUAGUAAUUUAUAAUAUUUUAUUUCAAAAAUUAAGAAUAAACUUCUAUCUUUACUGAU